GUCAGGUGAAGGAUAUAUCCCUCAGCUAAGAGCUGUUGGUAAGUGAAGUUGUUCGUAGGUCAGAAAGGGAGUAGUAGCUUUCACUCGGCUUCAUACCCAUUAUUAUCUCAAGAAGACAGGAUGAUACACACUUCCCCUUUUCCCGAUCUCAAUAUCCCCAAGGUCAAUGUCCUCAGUUAUCUCUUCCCACAGGACCAAGUGCCCUCUGAUGAGCCUGUAUGGUACGACGCUGCGAAUCCACGGAAAAAUGUCAGUCCCCGACAGAUGCUCUCCUGGAUCAAGAGAGUCAUCAUUGGCCUCGAUCGUCUGGGUCUGAAGAAGGGCGAAGUCUGUCUCAUCCACACUCCCAACCACACGCUGGUUCCCGCCGCCUAUUUGGGCAUUGUCGGUGGGGGAAGAUGCUUCAGCGCCAUCAAUCCCAUCUACACCGUCGACGAGAUUGUGCAUCAGAUGAAGCUCACGGAUGCGAAAGUGAUUCUGGCACAUCCGUUGCUGGUGAAGAAUGCCGUGGCAGCCGCGAAGAAAGCGGGCACCAAUCCCAAGAUAUACCAGUUUACGGAUGACGAGGCACCGUUGCAAGAGAUGGAUGGAGUCAAGGACUGGCGUGCAAUGCUCGGUACUGCUGCCGAGGCUGAAACAUAUCGCUGGAAAGAGUUGACUGCUGAAGAAUCGGUCCGCACGGUUGCCACGAUCAACUUUAGCUCGGGCACGACCGGUCUGCCCAAGGGAGUCAUGAUUGGACAUCACAGCCUGAUUGCCAAUGUCGAGCAGACAAUGGCGACCACAUGGCCGCAACACAAUUUCACCAAGGGGGACAAGGUCAAGGAGAGAUGGAUCGGCUUUCUCCCUCUCUACCACGCCUACGGCCAAAUGUUCGCCAUCAUGAUGGCCUGUAAACUCCACGUGCCCAUCUACAUUAUGCGCCAAUUCAUCUACGAAGACUUUCUCCGCGUCAUUCAAGACUACAAAAUCACCCAUGUGCAAGUCGCCCCGCCCGUCCUGGUCAUGAUGGCCAAGCGACCCGAGACUUCCCAGUACGAUUUACGCUCCAUUCAAGAGCUUCUCUGUGGCGGAGCACCUCUGGGCAAAGAUUUGCAGAAUGAAAUUUCUCGCAAAUUCCACUGUUCGGUCAAGCAAGGCUGGGGCAUGACCGAAGUCACCUGCGGCUCCAUUCGCCAACUCGAAUCGAGCGAUAAUGGCACGGUGGGAAAACUCGUUCCCAACACGCAUUUGCGUCUCGUCGACGAAAACGAUCGAGAUGUCGGUUGGGAUUCUCCGGGGGAAAUGCUCAUUCGAGCUCCCAAUGUCAUGCUCGGAUACUGGCGUAACGAAUCUGCUACGAGAGACGCUCUGACUCCUGAUGGUUGGCUUCGCACGGGAGACGUCGCUGUUAUCAACAAGGAAGGCUAUAUCUGGAUUGUCGAUCGCAAAAAGGAAUUAAUCAAAGUCAAUGCUCUACAGGUCGCUCCUGCUGAACUCGAGGGGAUUUUGCUCGAUUGUGAAUAUGUUGCUGAUGUCGCUGUUGUGGGCAUCACUAUUCAUGAUGAGGAAUGGCCUCGCGCUUAUGUCGUUUUGACCGAAGGUGCGCGGCAGAAGAAGAUUUCUCCGGCGGAUAUUCAGAUGUGGUUGAGACCGAGGGUGGCGAAACAUAAGGCUUUGGUAGGGGGUGUGAAGUUUGUGAAUGAGAUUCCGAAACUCAUGUCGGGCAAGAUUCAACGUAAAGUUAUGAAGGAAUGGUCGAAGCGAGAUGCACCCGAGGUUGCGAAGGGGUUUGUUCGGUCCAGACUGUAGGAUAUAUCUUGUGAGUAUUAAGCGGGAUUUUGUAUGGAUGAAUGAAUGAAUUGUUGUAUGUGUACCACGCUGUGUACCCUCUCCUCUUCUCUCCUCUUCUCUUCCUUAUCGCAUUGUCAUAUCUUCACCGACUGUCGCUACAUCCUCAAUCUCCUAUUCCACACCAUCCUCUUCCACAUCACUGUCAAGAAGAC